GAGGUUCAAAUUCACAUCAGGUGUACACAGUACCUGGUGGGGUAACUGUAUCAAGCUCUGCGACGUUUUACAGUCAUUACUAUUAUCCAUAUAAUAUUGGUAGAAUGUUUGACGGUGAUCCUGGUACCAAGUUUAUAACCACAAAUUCAAGACCAAGACUCAGCAUUGAUCUCAAGAGAAACGUUUUUGUCAACCAUGUUCGAAUUUAUCCUUCUUGUUCUCACCUAUCGAAAUUUAAGUUGAGUGGUGAGGAUGAAGAAGGCAGAACUUUUGCAAUCCAUCGGGAUUACGUUAACAUGAACUAUGGCUGCACACAAGGCUCUUAUACUGAUGUUAACUUCACGAGGAACACGACUAAAAUAUUUAUAGAUCUUGUGGCAGCGCAACAUAGAUACAGCAGUCUCGCAGAAAUUGAAAUAUUUGAAAGAACUUCGUUACCCUGGAAACGUUAUGAGAACCUUGAUGUGGACGGUGCAGUAACGUGGCUACUUCUAAACAACUCCAACUAUCAGUUUGAUGAAAUUCAUCUUUUUGGAUCUGCUCAGGUUGCUUUCAAAAAUCCUGAAAAUUCACAAGCGCAAAUAUCCAUAAGUAAUAAGAGAAUGUAUGGUGAUAAAUCAGGCACCUGGCAUGUUGGUUACAAUCAAAGUUUUGCUGUCAGUGUCACUGAUCCUGACACGCCAUUAAGUCUACAGGUUUACGAACACGGUCAACUUUCUCUGCCCAGGAAAAGUUUCCUUAAAAGUGUUAGCGUGUUCCUCUCUGGCAAGUUGACUGGUUUAAAGGAAGUCUAUGUACUUCAUGGAGGUCAUCUCGAGUGUUCAUCGGCAAGCUGCAUCGGUUCUCAAUGCAAGCCAUCGCAGUACAGUUUGGAGACAUUACAUGUGCAAGAUGAAGGUUUUGUCAAACUUGGUGACUCAGAACACUUGCCAGAACUACAGCUAAAUCUCAUCAACUUUACGAUCUACGGUGGGGGACACUUACUAUCUCAUGGACGUCUCACAAUCAAUGCAUCAAACACAGUGGCUGUGAACUCAGGUGGAAAAUUGGAACAGAAUCAUUCUGGUUUUACGACUGGAUCGGGACCCGGCCAAGGAACUGGACACGCAAAUGGCGCAUCAGGCGGUGGUUAUGGUGGUAAUAGUGGUCGUGGGAAAGGAACUCUGUUAGCAGGACAGACUUAUGGUUCCCUUUAUACCCCUCAUCAUUUUGGAAGCCCUGGAGGAUUCGGCAAAGAUUACGGCAAUCUUUACUACGGCAGUUACUAUUAUCAAAGCACAAGUUCUUACUCAAAUCCGGUUACGGUAGGAGGUAUGGGAGGGAUUGGUGGUGGAUCUUUACGAAUACACUCUACACGUACCAUUGUUGAUGGUACUGUGUCAGCCAAUGGCCAAGAUUCGCCAACUGGUGGUCAGCGAAGUGGCUGUGGAGGUGGUAGUGGGGGAAGUAUAUGGUUAACAUGUGAUGAGCUUGAUGGGUAUGGAUCUAUUGAGGCACGUGGCGGAGUUGGUUCGAAAGGAAGAGCAGGCGGGGGCUCUGGUGGACGUAUCGCUGUAAACUAUCGCGACAUUCAUAAUUACAACGGUUCGUUCUCUGUCCGCGGAGGGCCUGGAUUUGAAGAUGGAGCGUCCGGAACUGUGUACCUGGAACAGAGAAAUAGUACCCAUGUCACGUGGCGAAAGUUGGUUGUUGAUAAUGAGGGCCUGGCACUACCAAAGGCAGUAAAUAGGAACGCAGGGAACUUGUUGAAUCUGUUUAGUGGUGUAUAUAGUGACAUUAGCCAAGUUGGCACAGUGACAUUGCUCAAAGAAUCAGAAAAUUACAUGUUUAAUGAACUUGUUCUUCAGGGAAACUCACAUCUCGUCAUUUAUGGUAACGCCUCUCAAGAGCAUGUGAGUCUGCGAGCAUAUUUAUUAACAGGAGAUCGAUCAGCAGUCGUGCAUGUCGGAACAUUACAAGAAGUUUAUUUCCAUGAUAUCGAUGUUUACUUUCCCGUGAAUACGUUUGUCUACCCUGGCGGCUCGUUAUUCCUUCCUAAGCGUGUUUCGUUACGAGAAGUUUGGAUGUACGUGAAUGGUUCUGUGUCUGAUUCGGAAGAAUAUGCAAUAGAUAGAGAUGGACAGCUACAUCUGUGGUCAGGAGGGAACAGCGAGGGUGAACCAGAGGGAACUUUUGUAUUUAUGAACAUCACUAUACGUGCUCGUGGUCGAUUGAUUGCUACUACCUUGGCUGGACAUGGUAAGAUGGCGAUCCACGGCAGAAGAAUGGUUGUAAAUGCCGGGGGAAAGUUUAUAUCCAACGAUGUUCAUCUGACUGCGGUUAAUAUUACAAUUGACGCUGCAGGUGAAAUAACUUCUACUGGACUUGGUUAUCCGAUUCGAAGUGGACCCUCGUAUAGAAGCGGCUCGCGCCCAGGCUCUGGAGGGGGACACGGAGGUAACGGUGGUCGAGCAUUGUAUCAACUACAAUCUCCUUUGGCGUAUGACUCGAUAUACACGCCUAUUAAAGCAGGGAGUGGAGGAAGUGGAGCCCCUGGAGGAGGGAUUAUCUAUAUCAAUGUCAGUAAUCUGUUCAGAGUUGAAGGAAAUGUUCGCUCAAAUGGCCAGAAAAAGAAUAUUGGGGGUGGUGCAGGAGGAACAGUGCUUGUACGUACCAAUCAUUUUGAUGGCAUGGGAACAAUAGAAGCAAAUGGUGGAGAUGGUGCCACUGUUGUUGCUAGCGGCACUCUGGGUGGAGGAGGUGGGGGAGGUAGAAUAGCUGUGUAUCACUAUGGGAUAAGUACCUUUAUAGGCCGUCUGCAAGCGUUUGGUGGAGAAAGUGUAGCUGAGAGAGGAGGUCCUGGUUCAAUUUAUGUUCAAGAUGAUAGUGGUAAUAAAACUCAAAGACAACUCAUAAUAGACAAUGGUCACAUAUCAGCAUCAUCAAACAUUAUUGAAGUUCGACGGUUGUCUAUCACUGGUAGAAUACGCUACAGCUCUUCAUCAUACACAUCACCAGAGGGAAUUUAUAUACAUACAACUGGUUCACCACAUUGCGUCUAUUCAUGUCCAUACAAUGGUCAAUUGUCCAAUUUAUUUUCUGGGACAAGUCUAUUUUACUCUACAACAUCUGCAACACCUGAACUAACCUUUACUUUCCCAUAUACAAUAACGAUUGAUCAUUUGAGAAUUUUCCCACAAUGCAGCUCGAAAUAUUAUUGGACAAACUAUCGAGUCCGCGCCUACCAGGGAACUCUAAAGGUUUACGAGCAAGUUUCUUGGACUGAAACAAAGUUCUGUAGACAGGGGCAAUAUGGAAAAGUUGAAAUACAGAGAGAUGUUAAUAAGAUUGUGAUCUCACUGAGUAAAGUUUCCAGUUACGCAGCAAUGAACAAAGUGCAGUUAUUCUUUCAAGAAGUUUUCCCCGGAGCAUCGCAGACCGUGAUUCAAAACCCGGAAGCUUGGAUUGUUACAGAAGAUGAAGAUCAAACAGCAGAGAGUUUCCUGAAGUUUGAUAAGGUUACGUUACGCCACGGAGGACGUUUGAGCUGGUCAAAUAAGGAAAUACAUCUUGCAAUAGAAGAGUUAGAUGGAGAUGGAACAGGAUCAAUGAAUGUUCGUUCAACUCAACGACUUUCAGUGAAUCGUACCACUAAUUAUUUCAAGACAGAACUCUUGGCUCAUAUGAACUCCUCGUUAGAUCUACCUCAAGACUUCAAUUGUCAUUCAGUAAAUGUUGUAGUCCGAGGGGCUGUAAAUACGUUAGAGAAAGUUACUGUUGGUCCUCAGUGCUUCUUUUCUCUCACGAAUGAUGACAAGAAAUUAAAUUUGACCAUGGAGAAGUUGGUUGUUCAAACUAAUGGUCGAAUGAAAGUGUUAGCAAAAGAAGACGCAGCCUUGAUUAAAGGUGUAUCACUGGAUAUACGCGGCGGUGCUAGUUUGGAAGCAAAUCGUUUAAAAUUGGAAUUCACGAACAUCAGUUUGGAACCUUAUUCCACGUUAUCAGCAAAUAAUCAGAUUAUACCCUCCACACUUCAUGUGGGCGAUGGUAAACCUCAUAUUUCAGGCAGUAGUGGCGCUGGUCAUGGUGGUCAUGGUGGCGUGGGCUAUGGUGAAAGUUUGGUUGGGGUCUCUUAUGGUUCAUUCCGAAUUCCACGCUUGUCUGGUCGACCAGGCGCCGCCCCAAUUUUCCCUCGUGUACCUGGUUAUGGCGGAGGUUUCAUAAAACUUGUUGUUCAAAAUACAGCUCAUAUUGAUGGUACUCUCUCUGCCAGAGGUGGUUCGGCAAUAUCACCACAGGGAAGUGGUGCAAGUGGCGGAAGCAUUCUGAUGUAUGCGAAACAUUUUCACGGACAAGGUUUACUUGACGUUACCGGGGGUGACGGAGACCGAGCUGCCAGUGGGAGUGGGGGUGGUGGAGCUGGAAGAAUUAGUAUUUAUACAACUGCUAAUAAUUAUAUAGGCCAGUACCAGGCCUUAGGCGGAGCAAGUAACUUUGAACCUGGUGGAGCAGGAACCGUUUAUCUAGAACGGAUCACUCAGAAUAGUACAGAUAAUAUCGAGGUUUUAGCACACCAUAAUAAAUACACAAACGAAACAGAAUUUGAGAUCCAAAAUCGCACUUUGUAUAUCAAUGCGCAUGGUCGACGGCCACGUGAUCCAGAGAGGAAUCUGAGUUCCAGUUUUGAUGAUUUCUCUAAAAAAGCUUCGGCACGGACGUGGGUAACGCUGGAUCCUGACGAUAACGACAUCAAAAUAAGUGAAUUACAAAUUUAUGGUGGUGCACAAGUACUGUUCAUUAUUCCUGAAAAGACGAGGCAUCCAUUGUUUAUCACAAUUACUCGAAUGCAGGGCAGUCGUGAUGGUUCUUUCUUCAUUGGUUAUAAUCAAUCUUUCAUCUCGCUAGAAUCUUAUCUUCCUUUCAAUAUGGUGAUCUACCAGGGUGGUGUUACCACCAUGCAAGGUGAACUGCUGGUUGCUGGUGUGACAGUCGACGUGGAUGGAAUAUUACAGAAAUGUCAGAAUAUAACCAUUGCUGAUUAUGGUAUUGUCAAGAUGAAAGAAAUGUAUGAUUUCCGUGGCAGAUCUACUAAAACCUUUGAUUUUGAGGAGAUCAGUAUCCGUAACCAUGGUACCAUGACGGUGACGAAUCAAGACAACAUACGGGAAUUUAAUGGACGUUCUAUUCACGUGCACGCUGGUGGAAGGCUUUCGGCUGUCAACCUUCAUGUGAAUGCAAUAAAUGUGACGGUUGAUACGCUAGCUGUGUUUGAAGCAAGUUUAGUUGGGCAAAACUUCGACUUACCUGGUCCAGGGAAGGGCGCUGAUUAUAUCCCAGGAUACCUUGCGGGUGGAUCAGGAGGAGGUCAUGGUGGGCGUGGUGGUAGAGCAGUAGGACGAAUAAUGUCUGGGAAUACUUAUGGAUCAGUUUUCAGGCCACUGGAAUUUGGAAGUUCUGGUGGUAAUGGUGGACCAAAUCAACGUGGAGGGGUUGGAGGGGGCAUUUUGUUCCUAAACAUAUCUAAUCGUAUAACAGUGAACGGCGAUGUUCUGGUCAAUGGUCAAAAUGCCCAGGGUGUAUACUCUGGUGGUGGAAGUGCUGGAAGUAUUUAUCUCGUAACUAGAAGGUUGGAUGGCAGUGGAAAAAUACAGGCAAACGGCGGUAAAGGGUACAAUUAUGGACACCGAGGUGGAGGUGGAGGGUCCGGUGGUAGGAUAGCACUGUAUUACGGGGAUAAUGAGGAUUAUGUCGGCAAAAUUGAAGCUCAUGGUGGAUUUGGUAACGAGGAAUAUGGUGCAGCUGGAACAUUAUACCAUCAUCAUACGAUGUCAGAUAAUUUCACAAAGAAGAGUUUAUUUGUGAAUAACGAUGGUCAUGGACCACAGACAGACAGAGUGAACCAGCUCCUUGAACCGCUGAAAUUGGUUGGUGGCUCAGGUGGAACUCAAUCUUCCACAACUUACAAAGCUCGCGAAGGUAUCACCAUAACAACUAAUGCUUCUCCAUUACGGACAUAUUAUUAUCAUUAUUAUCAACUCUACAAUCUAUUGGACGGUAAUCUAAACACAUGGUAUGUGAGUACCUCAACGUCUGCUACCAUCACCAUAACGUUCUUCCGGCAGACAUGGUUGCAACGCAUUAGGAUAUAUCCGUCCUGUGGAUCGCAAUAUCGUGUCAGCUACAAUGUAUUCAUUACAAAAAAUCAACGAAAGAUUAAUCUGACGCCUUCGGGAAUCUCAUCUCGUGGUUGUUUCAACACUGGCGUGUUCCAUGAUGUUAAAAUAAACAAUGAAAUAACAUCAAUAGAAAUUAAACUUGGAGCCUUGGAAAAAUACAUUUCAUUGUCCGAGAUAAAGCUUUUCAUUGGUCGGGAUUCUGGAGAUUUCAAACAGGGAAAUAUCGUUGAAGAUAGCGCAAGAACGUGGUUGGUUCCUGACAUUUCUAACGACUUGGAGUUUGAUUAUCUACAAAUAAGUGGUUCGGCGCAUCUUGGAAUAUUACAACUACCAUCACUCAACCGCAGUAUGAUUAUAAAUGAAGUGAAUGGUGAUCAUACUGGCAGCCUACAUGUUGGUGCUCAACAAAUAGUUAAUAUAUCAAGCCAAAAGAUUACUGUAUUACCAUUUAACGUGCAAACGUAUAAGCAAUCCACGAUUGUUUUGUCGGAAGAAACGCAUAUAACAAACGGUAUAUUCGUCGGAAGAGGAGAAAUAUUGGGACUAAAAAGAUUACGAAUUGAUGAAAAGGGCAUAUUUAAUGUUUUUCCUGAAACCAGUUUGGGUGCAGCGACCACAAGUAGUUUGAAAUUUGACAGCCUACAUAUAUUUACAGGUGGACUGUUGCAACAGUCAUUAGGUGAUUUAACAGUUGGAAAACUGAAUAUAAUUCUUAAAGAUGAUUUUGUUGUAAAUGCUUAUGGUACGGCUGACAUUAGUGGAAUGUUUCUUCAGGCAAAAAAGAUUCAACUAGACACGUCUUCAUUAUUGAAAGCUCGUGGCCGAGGUUAUCCCUCAACCCAAGGAACUGGCUCUGGUGUUUCAUUGCUACAAGGUGGCUCAGGAGCGGGACAUGGUGGAACAGGAGGGCGUGGAGACCAAAUAAGAGUAGGGGUGGCUUAUGGCUCCGUGAAAACUCCUCAGGAAUUUGGCAGCGGUGGUGGACGGGGUUCAAGUCAAUUGCCCGGAGGUGCAGGUGGUGGCGUCGUGUCUCUUCAAGCUCUACUUAUCGAUAUUGACGGCACUAUUGACGUCAGCGGAAGUGAUGGUCAAGCAGGAAGUGGUGGUGGAAGUGGAGGAAGUGUCAUGUUAUUGGCUGAGAGGUUCAUAGGAAAAGGUCAACUGCUUGCUAAUGGCGGGAAAGCUGUAAACAACGGAGGAGGUGGAAGCGGUGGUCGACUGAGCAUUAAUUGCAACAAAACUGAUUUCAAUGGUAAAAUGUCGGCACAGGGGGGGACGAGCAAUCGUGAACCUGGAGGACCAGGGACGAUUUAUCGCAAAACUGGAGCAUUGCAGACUUUGGAAAUAAACAAUAAUGGAUUGGUUCCUUUGAAUAGUUACCUGGUUAGCAGCAAUCAACAUGAGAAUGGUGGAAAAGCUUGGAUAUUAGUGGAUUCACCUGAAGAUUUGGACUACGAUGAACUGCGUUUGUUUGGAGGUGCACAUGUUUCUUUUGUGUUGAGCGUGACUGGAGAUAUAUCAAUAAAUAUGUUCACAGGUGAUAGCACAGGUAUGUUACACGUACGAGCGGGUCUUGUCAUCAAAUCAGCUUCAGCCGAGUUUCCAUCCUGGUUCCGCGUGUACAGAGGUGGAUAUUUAUCUCUUCCUCGUGUCGUUCAUCUCAACAAGCUCAGCGUAUACUCGCAGUUAUUUAUUGAAGGAAAACUUGGUUUUAUCAGCGAUUUUCGUAUUGGUACAGGUGUCAGUGUAUUCCUUGGAAACGAGGCCAGUUCUUAUGGGUUAAAAGACAACAGUUUUAUGUUUGGUUCAUUGACAGUAAUGCCAAACGCUCGCCUUAACUUCCAGAAUCCUAAGUUUCUUACCCAGUCUCUAAAUUUAAAUAUCUCCGACAAGUUUCACGUAUUUCCUGGAGGGAUGAUCAGCGGUCAGAAUGUCGAUGUUCACGCACGAAAUAUCACAAUAGAAGUCGCCGGCAGUAUUGUCACAAAAUCAUCUGGGUUCUCGCUGGGCACUGGAAAAGGAAAUGGAGGGGCUGGUCAUGGUGGAAGUGGUGGUUAUGGUAGAGUCGUGUUUGAUCGUCCCGGUGCUUCCUAUGGUGAUUUCCAGAAUCCAAUAAUGUAUGGUAGUACUGGUGGCAGCAAUGGUGCUCCUGCUGGAGGGGUUGUUAAAUUGUAUGCCGAAGAAUUAACCACAGUAGAUGGUACAAUCGUUGCCAUAGGUAAUGACAGUCCUCGUGCAGGCAUUGGUGCAAGUAGUGGUGGUAGUAUUUGGAUCCAAAGUAAAAUUUUUACUGGAAGAGGUACCAUACAGGCUAAUGGUGGAAAUGGUCUUAGCUAUGGUGGUGGUGGUGGCGGUGGCCGCAUAGCAACCACAUUUGAAAACAACACGUUUGCAGGUAAACUCGAGGCUUAUGGGGGAAAGAGUAAUUUAUCCCCAGGGGGUGCUGGGACUGUGUAUCUCUCAAGUAAGGAUGGCAGAUUUAAGAAGUUAAUUAUCGACAACCAAAAUAUUGGUAAACCAUCUAGUGAUAGCAUCACAGACAUUCAACGCGACGGAGGAAGGACAUGGUUGACACCCUCAGAGGGUUCACACCAAGUAAUUUUGAGUCACCUUGAAAUACGUGGCCUGGGUCAGUUAGCAUCAAUGAGGAACUCCAGCGAAGGUAUUUUGGAGUGGGACAUAGGCAGCAUCACAGGAGAUAAGACUGGUCUAUUACAUAUACUUGGUAGUCAAAAACUUGUUAUUACGGGUGAAGAGGAAGUAAGCAAAUCAGCUGACUUACCAUGGAGUAUAAAUGUUUACCCGCGGGGAGAGCUGACGCUCUCAGAGAGUUUUGUGGUGAACGGAAUAAAGAUUAUUGUUGCGGGACGAUUAAAUGGAGCCAGGAAUCUUACGGUAGCGAAUGGUGGUAAAGUUAUUUUAAGAAAAAUGAUUGACCCUGAAGGAAAUAUAUCACGUCACACUACAUUUGAUGUCAUCAGCGUUCAAGGUGGAGGUAUUUUCGAAGUGGAAAGUGAUUCUGGUGGCCUGUCUGUGUCAUGUAAUCAACUUAUUGUUAGCAGUGGCGGAAAGUUUCAUGCCACCAAACUAGACCUUACUGCAAAUCUUGUCAAAAUUGACCAAUCUGGCAUCUUGGAAGCAAAUUACGAAGCAAAGAGUAUAAUCAGUGGACUAGGACCAGGUUAUGGAAGAUACAAUCCACGUGGUUCAUCAGGCGCUGGCCAUGGUGGUACUGGUGGUCGCGGGCGCUAUGACGUAGACACUGGUGCAUUUUAUGGUAGUAUGAUCCGCCCUUCAUCAUUUGGAAGUGUUGGGGGUGGUGGGCAAUCCCCAGGAGGUGGAGUCAUACAAAUAACCACACGUGUUUUACAGUUGGACGGAAAUAUCGAAUGUAAGGGCGGUGUAUAUGCGCAAGGUACGAAUCAUGGCGGUGGUAGUGGAGGUAGUAUAUAUAUCAAUACUACGACGUUUGGAGGUGAGGGUAUGAUUGAUGCAUCUGGAGGUCCUGGUAACAGUUAUGGAGGAGGAGGCAGUGGUGGAAGAAUCGCAGUGUAUUAUCGCUCCAGUUCAUUUACCGGUCAUAUAUCCGCUUAUGGUGGAGGUUCAUUGUAUGAAGCAGGGGCUGCUGGUACCGUGUUUCAAGAAGACUAUAAAAACAAUAAAAAAUAUCUCUCUGUUUCAAACAAAAAUCAAAAGCCUCUAACUGUACUUGUCAACUAUGCCAACCCGCGGAAAGAUAAUGCUCGAACAUGGUUGCCUGCACUUCCUAAUAAAAGCAAAUACGAUUUUAGUGAAAUUACUCUGACUGGAGGAUCACAUUUAGUUCUUCAGUCUAGCUCAUUUGAUCAGGAGAUGGUUGUUGGAAGACUGAAAAAUAAUGACUUAAGAAAUGGCGUGACAAGCUAUUUACAUGUUGGUCAAAGACAAACUGUUCAUGUGCAGGAAGCUGGUGUUAUAUUUCCUGUUAAUAUCCAAGUGUAUAAAAGCGGUACGUUAGGGUUACCACCGAGUAUUGAAGUGAAAAAGACUGUGUUUAACUGCGAGGGACGUUUGAAGGGGCUUAAAGAGCUCACUGUAUCUGAGACAACAAUGAAUUUUGGCGUCAACACGGGAUCAUUCAUCCGUAGCCCCUAUGUUGAUCGUCACUUUGUAUUUGAAAGAGUAACUGUAAAGGCAGGUGGAAAGAUGAUAUUUACGAAUUCCGAACACGGAAAUGUUCUGGAAACGUCCAGGCUUGAAGUGAAAGCUGAGGGUUUAGUGCAAGCAAGAAGGUUGACAAUUAAAAGUAAUAUUGUGGAAGUAGAGGAGAUGGCAAAGAUCACAGUUGAUGGUCAAGGAUUUACUCAAGGUGUAUUGAAGACGAGUUAUGGAGGAGCAAAACAAGAGUCAUCAGGAGGCUCCCACGCUGGUUAUGGAGGCCAGCGAUCACUUGGAGGACCUUAUGAUUUUGUGAUGGAGCCUGUAUAUCCUGGCGAAGGCGGUGGCCCUCCACGCUACAAAUCCACACCAAGUGCACCUGGGGGUGGUGUGAUUCGUGCUAUUGUUAAUGAUCGUUUAAUCAUUAAUGGAGAAAUAUCUGCAAGAGGAAAGCCUGGUAUCAGUACAGCAGGUGGCGCUGCUGGCGGUAGCAUUUGGAUCACGACGAACAUGCUUCAUGGUGAUGGCAUCAUCUCAGUUUCCGGGGGCAACGGAGGUUAUAAUGGCGGAGGUGGAAGUGGUGGAAUGCUUGCUAUAUAUUACAAACAGAGCUCGCUACUUUUCGACCUUCAAAUAUCUGGUGGGACUGGAAAUACUCCAGGAGCAUCAGGAAUGAUCUAUUUACGAAGAGAUAACUCCAAUGGAAAACUUGUUUUGGACAACAACAACCAAAACUCAGCUGGAUUUUCCGCUUUGGUUUGUCAAACAAAAGCGAUCGACUACCAUUUUAGUGAGAUUGAAAUCCGACGUGGUGGAAAGCUAAAGUUGAUUUCCUGUGGCACUGAUCAAUCCAUGACAUUGCAAAUAUCUACUAAACUAUAUGGUGAUGGAACUGGUACAUUAAGAGUUGAAAACGAGCAAAAUGUUUAUGUUUCUAGUACAACAACAAUGAUGUUGCAAACUAAUAUCGAUAUCCAGAAUAAUGGAUUUGUUCUGCUUCCAGAGAAUGUAUUAUUGACUGAUGGUGUAAAUCUAAAUGUUGGCGGCAGCUUGACUGGCGUAAAGAAUAUCAGCAUUGCAAAGAACAGCAAAUUUACCGCCGUGUACCCAGGAAGUACAAGCUACAGAACACAUCCAGGAGUAUUUCAAUUUGAAACAUUACACGUACAGCGACGUGGUAUUGUUGAAAGUUCACAUUCAAGUAAAGUUAAAUUAAAUAUAGACGUGUUAAAGAUAGAUUAUGGAGCAUUUUAUCGCGUCUCUCAUAGUGCUACCACGUACAACGAAAAAAUCGUGCAAGGAAGAGGGCCGGCGUUGAGAAGUAGUCUAUGUCCUUAUGGUAUAGUAAAACAUACUUCAAAAAAUAGGGAAUACAAUCCUUGUGGUGAAGGAGAGUGGAGUUCAGUCUCCGCGCCAAUUCCUUAUCAAGUUGUGAUGAAUAUUUCAGACAGUGAUGGGAUUUAUAGACUAGUAAAUGUUACGAAAUACACGGAGAACUACAAUAUAACCUGUGAUUAUACAGACUUCCGUCUGUUGCCCGGUCAAACUUGUGUUUUCAGACCAGGAGUCUACAAUUAUAGACGUUUAGAUAUUUUGAGCGAGGCUAUAAUGAGCUUCGAAGCCGAUCCUGGCCGUGUAAAUAAAAACGCUCUAAAUGUCGAAUAUCUUCGAAUUUAUUCCAACGGGCAACUCGAGGCUAAACCCGGGCAAUGGUCCAGUCAAUUGUCAUUGGGUACAGGUGGAUCAUACGGCGGUAUUGGUGGUAGGGCUAGCCCAAGUGACGUACACGGUGAUGUCGUUUUACCGGAAAGCUAUGGUACAAGUGGGGGUGGGUCCCAAAGUGGCGGGGGUCAACUUAAGAUAAACGUAGCGUAUGAUUUCAUUAUUGAUGGAGUGGUGGAUGUCAGCGGAAAAAGUGUUACAAAUGGGGGAGGAGGUAGUGGUGGUAGCCUUCUUGUAUUUGCUCACAAUUUAAAAGGUACAGGAGUGUUAAGAGCAAAUGGUGGGGGAAGCAGAAAUUCGGGUGGUGGUGGAGGUGGUCGAAUUGCAGUACAUGUGAACUCAUCAGUUGAUAAUUUCCAGGGACACCAAGAGGCAUACGGCGGCAAUGGCGUGUUUCGAGGUACAGCAGGGACAAUCUACAUUCAUGAUAAAAAUAGCAUCAAUGGAAGUCUUGUUAUAAAAGGUCAGGGAGCUGAACCUGCUUUCUUACCUCAAAACACAACAUUGACUGAAGUUGACUCGCUUUAUAUUGCACAGUCUUCUGUUUUCAGGGUUUCAUUUUCUGAAUUGACAGUUAAAUUAUUACAGACUGAUGGGAGUGGAAAGAUUGUUAUACCUAAGGGGCAUAAAUUAGUAAUCACAAAACUGCCUUUAAAUGAAAAGAUUACAUGCGAGCUGGACGUAAGUGGUGUUGUGGACAUUCAAGUACCAGUUAUUUUUACCAGAACUGUGAAUCUCUGGGGUAUUGUUAAAACGCCAAGGUUGACUUUAGCAAAGAAGACGAAUUUCAACUGGAAUAACGGUACAUUGAAGACGAAUUCCUUUAUAAUGAGGCAGUACUCGACAGUCCAUAUUUCUGCACUCUCAUCCAAACUCCAAAUAGAUGAAAUAGUCGUUGGACCAUAUGCAGAAUUAAUGGUGUCCGCUUUCGAUUUCGUGAUUAUGUGCAAGCAAUUGAUAUUCAAGUCUCGUUCUUCUUUACUCUCAAAAUCCGUUUUAAAGUCCUUCAACAUCACUUCCAACCAUUUGGAAAUACAUAGUUUUGCGUCGGUGGGAGUAACGGGCGGGGGACACGAACAAGGUCCAGGGUAUGAUGGUCACGCAGGAGUUGGUGGAAGCCAUGGAGGACAAGGUGCUGGUGCUAAGAAAGAUUCUGUUUAUGGUUCUGUCUUCGAACCAACUGAGUUUGGUAGUGGAAGUCUGGAUUCAAGUAGGGUAUCUCAUCGCGGGGGAGGAAGAAUUGUUAUAAUUGUCGCUGGAGUGCUGCAUGUGGAUGGUGAGGUGCACGCUGAUGGUGUAGGGUCACAGAGGGAUGGCGGUGGUAGUGGAGGAAGUCUGAUGAUAAAGGCAAAAUUACUUAAAGGAUCAGGGGUGUUUAGAGCAAACGGGAUAAGUGGGGGCUCUGGAGGUAGAAUUGCUUUGUAUGUUGAGGACAAACGAGAUUAUUCAGGAAUAGUAAGUAGUUUUGGGGGAUGUAGAACCAAAUGUGGAGCCGCUGGAACUGUGUUUAUCAGAGAAUAUGUGGUGGGUAUUCCUUAUGAAACAACGAUUGUGGACAAUGCUGGACGACAGAGUUCGGGUAUCACCAGUAUUAUGCACGGAACACAAACUAAAUACACUUUGCAAAAACUGAAGAUUACCCAGGGAGGGAGAGUUGAAGUAGUCAACCCAAGCUCAAAUAAAACGAGAAUAAGUGUUUUGGAUUUAGAAGGGGAUUUCACUGGUCAACUACGUGUGUUAAAAAACCAGGAAUUGCUCUUGGGAUCUAGUAGCGUGACAGGUUUUCAACCAUUUGUGCUACGUUGUGCGGUUAGCGUUGAGAUGGGUGGUGAACUGGUUCUAGCAUCACGCGUGUUUGUGAAGGAAACAACAUUGAAGCCAAGUUUCGAUGUUUUUGGCAAAGUACAGGGAGGGCAAGAAUUAAUAAUUGGACGAAAUGCUUUAGUUUCAGUUGCUCCUGAAGGAAUCAUUGGAACAAAAUCUUCACAAAAGGGUAUUCUCACGUUCCGUGAACUUCAUAUCUUAAGUGGCGGCCGUGUUGUAUUCAACAAUGGUGGAAAAUCAAGGCUCGAAGUCCGUGCCGUAUCCAUUAACAUUGAAUACAAUGGUAUCCUUCAAAGUCCACAUGUGCUCCUUAAGACACCUGUGAUAAAUAUACACAUGGGAGGCCAGAUCAUAUCAGAUGGGCUUGGGAACAGGUCAGGACCAGGUUUAGGUGGUUUUUCUGGGGGCUCGUUGUGGAAGGGGGGUAGUUACGGUGGAUGUGGUGGAGGUUAUACUGGAAACUCUUGUCCAAUAUAUGGGUCAAUGUUUGGGUCAGCUCAGCCAGGUAGUGGUGGUGGUGCUGCAACUGGGAGUAAUGGAGGUCAGGGCGGAGGGGUCAUUGUAUUAGAUGUAGGCAUUCUACACCUUGAUGGUACGAUUACUACCAAUGGUGGGAAUGGUCUUGGAAGUGCAGGGGGAGGAAGUGGAGGCAGUAUUUACAUGUCUAUCAAGGAAAUAUUCAGAGGGCGAGGUUCAGUGUAUGCACGGGGGGGUUUAUCGGGAACCGAAGGAGGAGGCGGAGGCGGGGGAAGGAUUUACAUCAAUACAGAGGGAAAUGAUAUUUUUACUGGGACGCUUGAUGCUAGAGGAGGUACUGGUGUAAAAUUACCCUCGGGUUCCCCUGGAACAAUAUGGUUGCUUCAGAAGAAAAACGGAUUAACGAUAAGAACAUUGAUUUUGAAUAACAAAGAUAUCAGUCUUUCAAAGCAACUUCCCAUUGUUCUAAGUGAAACUGUGAGCAGUUAUUACAUUGAUAUACUUCAUUUAAUGGGAAGCAUUGAACUAAUACCUGAUCAUCACAUGGUUGUUGAAAAACUUAUCACCAGUUCUCUCAGUACUUUGAAUAUACCUAAUGGGAUUAUCGUGGAGAUUGAUACAAGCCAGCGUGCGUCUAGUCCCUCGUGUAAUUUUCAUGUCGCAGAACAUGGUGAACUACGACUUCCUUCCUCCGUUACUUUUCUUGGAUCAAACAAUCGGUUUUCUGGAACUAUUACUGGUGUUUUAGACAUGGUCAUCGGUGAAGGACGUCAAACAGUUCUUUCUGCUUCUGCAAGGACAGCACUUUUUGUUGAUGGAAACUAUACAUUUAUAUCAAAACGAGGUGAAUACAAGUUUGCAUCCCUGCUUUUAAAAAGUAAUUCGAUUGUGUCAUUUGAGAAGUCUGACUUAACAGAGGUUCCCUUGGUUUUUGCAACAUUGGAAUUACGUUAUGGAUCGGUAUUAAAGGGACGUUGGCUGAGCAUUCAAGCUGUGACUAUACUUGUUCAUUCAGGUGCAAGGAUAGAUCUUGCUGAAAGAGGGUAUUCUAGUGGUCGUGGUGAUGGUGCUGGUGCAUAUAAAUAUGGCUAUGGGCGAGGUGCUGGGCAUGCUGGUAUAGGGGGUGGUGACAUUAGUUCUGGUGGAAAAUGGUAUGGUGAUAUGGUCGCACCUACGAACUUUGGAAGUGGAGGUGGAGGAUACUUUCCGUCACAUGGUGGAAAUGGCGGGGGUUAUUUGAAUAUAUUAACAAGCGAAAAACUUAUAAUUGAUGGUUCAAUAUUGGUCAGUGGUGAAAAUUGCAAAGGAUCUGCUUGUGGAGGGGGUAGUGGCGGUAGUAUCUACAUCCAAUCAAGAAGUUUAGAAGGUGUUGGCGUAAUUGGGGCCAGAGGUGGUAACGGUAAUGUAGCGGGUGGUGGAGGCAGUGGUGGUCGCGUUGCUGUUCAUCUUCAUAGCACAUUACUUUUCCAAGGAGACUUCGAGAUACAUGGUGGGUCAGGGAAGUACAUCGGGGCAUCAGGAACUGUUUACAUCGAAGAUAAUAAAGAUCGUAUUCCCAGGAAAAUUGUAAUUGUAGACAACCAUGCCAUGAAAUCAGAUGCAAAACCUAUGACGGCGUUAACAAACAACCUUGGCGAUUAUGUGUCUUUAGAUGAACUUAAGAUGAAAGGACCAGCAGGCGUCUAUUUUUUCAAUAAAAAUAAAAACUAUAACCAAAAAAUGGAGAUAUCUGUGGCAAAACUCUCGGCUGAUACUCAGGGUGAAAUCGUGAUUCAGGCAAAUCAAGUUAUGUUCUCAGAAACUAGCGAAUCUGAAGAGACAUCUUUUACACUUCGAACGAAUCUCAUUAUUCAGUACAAAGGUCUGUUUGUUACUGCAUCAAAAUUGUUUGUUGAUAGCGCAGAGCUUACAGUCAAUGGGCAGCUGAUGAAUGUACGGCAUUUCACACUAGAGACAGGAAGUCGUGUGACCUUUUCUGAGAAGUCGCAGACUGGCGUUUAUCUUAAAACAUUUGGUUCUGUUUAUUUAUCUUUACCCGGAACUCAGUUGUUUGGAAGUUUGACUCUUAAAAGUGGAACUACGUUUAGUGCACCUGAAAAUUUACGAAUUCAGACGGCUGAUAUGAUCGUGAAGAAUGGCGUGAUGAUUCGCGUGAAAGAUUUGGAAAUUGCUGCAGGAAGUCUGAUCCUCGAACGAGGAACGAUCACGUCUGCUGAUGGCGUGUCUUCCGGAGGGUCUGGAGCCGGAUCAUCAAGUUCUAACGUGGGGUUUGGAGGGAGUUAUGCAAGUCCUGGAGGCAAAACGCCAGAUGAUAAGUCAUACGGAAAUAUAUUUAAACCUCAAAAUCCCGGCAGUGAAGGAGGAAGAGGAUCAUCAUCAGGAACUGGAGGAAAUGGUGGAGGCGUUAUCUUUAUUGAAGCAGCAUUGCUGCAAGUUGAUGGUAAGUUGACUGUGAAUGGUGGAGAUGCGCACCGUGGAUCAAAUGCAGGUGGAGGAAGUGGUGGAAGCAUAUACCUUGUGGUUGAUAAUCUCGUGGGUAAGGGAGAAAUUAUUGCCGAUGGUGGUCGAGGAGAUGGAAGCGGUGGUUGCGGUAGUGGAGGACGUAUAGGGAUAGUCUUGAAAUCAAAGUACAAUUAUCGUGGUAGCAUCCGUAGCGCCAGUCUUAACUGUGGUUCUUCGCGGUUGAAUGGAGGACCCGGAACUAUCUUUAUUAGUGAAACAAGAAAUAGGCGCACUUCUACACAACUGAUACUUGACAAUCGUUUUUCCACGCAGAAAGUUUUUGUUACUCUGAAAGAGGACAAACAUGAAUAUGAGUUUGAUGAAAUUAUUUUACGUGGCGGCGCCGCAUUACAGUUAUUAAAACAACCAAACAUCCAUCAAAGGUUACGAAUUGGGUUACUUUCUGGUGAUAGAAGUGGUUUUAUACAUGUACAUCGAAAUGAGACAGUGGUCAUCAGCGAAAGAACCCCGGCUCGUGUUCCUGUAAGUUUUAAAGUAGACGAGGAAGGGCUGGUUAUCCUUCCACAUAGCGUCAUUGUUGUGGGUCAACGACAUUAUUCCAUCGAAUCACGUGGUAUCAUUCUCGGCAUGCGCAAUAUGGAGCUAGCACGUGACCGAGUGGUGAGGUUCUAUGAAAGUUCUAUACUUGGGAUAGGUAAGGAUAGAAGAGAUUUUACGGGAUCCAAAGGAGUAUUGGAAUUCGGUUCACUCAUCCUGCACAGUAGCAGUGUAUUGGUGAUCGAUGAUAUUCACCAGGUAAAGAUAAUGGCGGACAGCAUUGAUAUCAAGUAUAAUGCAUCACUAAUCUCAACCUCUCUUUCAUUUACUCUUUCGUCCCUCCACGUUGAAAUUGGUGGUCGAAUUGACUGUUCUGGUGAAAAUGGUGUUAUCGGAUCAAAAUCAGAGCUGUCUCACUUACCAAAAGGGACUGGUGGCGGUCAUGGAAGCGAGGGAGGAGAAGGUAGUACUAAAGAAAAAAGUCCAUACCAUGGUUCCUUAUAUCACCCAACUGAACGCGGUAAACCGGGGGGUUUAGGAACGAAUAAUGUUAAAGGCGGGCAAGGGGGAGGAAGUCUGAUCCUGAAAAUUGGAUCGCAGUUGAUAGUUGAUGGAAUUAUAACUGUUUCUGGUGGAAACGGGAUAAGGGGAAGUAACGCAGGAGGGGGAAGCGGAGGUAGUAUCCACGUUACCACACAUUCGUAUCGUGGCUUUGGAGUAAUGGAUGUGCGUGGGGGAGCAUCAGGUGGUAUUCUCUCUGGCAGUGGGGCAGGUGGUAGAAUUGCAAUAUACUCUGAGAAAGAUAUUUUAUACAGGGGAGUUUAUCGAGCGUCAGGAGGACCGGGAGAUCAAAGUAGGUAUGGAGGCCCUGGGACGGUAUUUUUGCGGUAUUUAAAGAACAAGCGUUUUUAUUCUCAACUGAGAUUUGGUGAAAGACAAGGAACUAAUCUCAUUUUUGUUACACUUGACGAAAGAAAUGUCACCGAUUUCAUUUUUAAUGAAGUUAUUAUUAAACGAAAGACAGCCAUAAAACUUAAACCAGAUGGUGCAAAGAGAAGUUUAAAAACUGAUAAACUUACAGGGGACGGAACUGGGUAUAUUUACGUCGGAAGCAAUCAUACAUUCUAUCUGCGUGGUUCGACAGGUCAUGGCGGAGUUUCACGACCAUCGAUAAAUCUAAAUAUUGACAAACAUGGCACUGCUGUACUUGAUACAUCGCUCUAUGUGGUCAGUCACAGCCGUGAAAGUCCUAACGGCCAUGCGCUGAGUGUUAACGGUCGUAUCAUCGGUGUUCAACAUUUGUUUUUGACAAAAGAAAGAAAAAUGGUCUUUAUGUCGGAAGCUCAGACUGUUAGGUUUCAUAAUCAAAGUCUGGUGCCUAGUCCACCCGGAACAUUUGUUUUAGCGACGUUAGAAAUUCAUGAUCGAGCAGAGCUAUCUUUUAUGACGUCACAUGGAAUGAAAGGUCUAGCAGGAAAAAUUGACGUGAAGUAUAGAGCAAAAGUGUUUGCUGACCAAUUUCAUAUGAACAUCACAUCAUUGAAUGUUGAGACUGGAGGUUCAAUGACAGCAGCUGGAUCUGACAGACCAAAAAUAAUGAAAUCUCAUUCGCCAUCUUCCAGUUGCCAUGGUUCUGGCGGCACUUAUGCUAGUGGUGGCGGAAAUGCUGACCCAAGCGUAUCUUUAAAGCCAUAUGGAAGUUUGUAUCUACCUAAGGAAUUUGGCACAAAUGGAUGUGGAAACAGUGACGCAGGGGGAAAUGCUGGUGGGAGGUUUUUCUUAACCGUCGGAGAUGCAUUACAUUUGGAUGGUUUGUUGAGCGCACGGGGUCAAGAUGGCGGUCAUCUCCCAUCAGGCGGGGGAAGUGGUGGUAGUAUUUUGGUCGAUACAAUUAAGUUUACUGGUAAUGGGGUCCUUGAUGUAUCUGGGGGAAGCGGAAAUGGUGGAAAAACAGGAGGAGGAUCUGGUGGAAGGCUUGCAGUAUACAUAAAGACCCAAAGUCGUUAUUUUGGCCAAUUUCUUGCGAUUGGUGGUAGCGCUGGUGAUGCUGGGAAUGAGCUUACUUUAGCAUCUGGUGGACCUGGGACUGUCUACAUCAAAGAAUUACGUAACCAUGUUUCCCAUGACCGUUUAAUAUUAGACAACAAAAAUAGGCCAUUUAGUCAUUACGUCACGUUGAACGAAACUAGGGACUCAUAUGAAUUUGACGAGGUUUACUUGGCGAGGAAAGCCUCGCUGCAUAUGAUCAACAAUGGAAAGCGCUUAAAUUUGACGAUACAUAAAAUUAUCGGUGAUAGGAGUGGCCUUGUUCACGUGCACGAGAAUCAAUUCCUCAUCGCAGAAGUGAAAGAUGCUAAGCGCACUAUAACUCGUGCUCAUGCUAACUUCAAGUUGGAUGUAAAUUCUUCUGCUAUAAUGUCAACCACAGUUCACAUGAUUGGAGAAGGAGUUGUAGCAUUUGAUUGGCGAGGAAGGCUUAUCAAUGUUAUGCAUUUGCAUUUGGCCUAUGGACGACGUGCAAACAUUGGUGUUGAAGCUCAUACAGGAACUAUUGAGAAUAAUAAAUUCGUAUCCUCAGAAACGGAAGGAACAUUUCAUUUUUCAACAUUGGAGUUCAGUAGCAAGUCACAAGUGGAUUAUCCUUCACCUCAUGGAAUGCAUUUUACUGUUGGAUUACUGGAUAUGAAGUUCGACUCAAGAUUCAACGCCGAAUUCUUUAAAAUCGAAGCAACAGAAUUUUUCUUAGAAAUUGAUGCUGUAAUCAACUCUAAAGGUCGAGGAUUUAAUUUCUAUACCCUGGGUGCUGGAAAGAAUGCAAGUGAUGGAGGAUUUGGCGCCAGUCAUGCAACUCAUGGUGGGAGUAAAGAUGAUUUGAAAUUAGAAACAACCUACGGAUCCUUGUAUGAACCUGUUAGUGAAGGAAGCCGUGGAGGAAUGGGCUCUAGCGGAAAACUCGGUGGUCGAGGUGGUGGGAAAAUGAGGAUAACUGUUGGACAUUCAUUCCAUUUAGAUGGCGUAGUUGAUGUGGAUGCAGAAAAUGCUAAUGUCAAUUCUGGUAGUGGAGGUGGAAGCGGGGGUAGUGUCUGGAUCACCACUAACUACUUUAAAGGACAUGGUGAAAUAACUGCGCGUGGUGGACUAGGAAAUACUUAUGGUUCAGCAUUAGGCGGGAGUGGUGCGGGCGGACGAAUUGCCAUACAUAUGAGAAAAGAAGACGAAUUCCGGGGUACAUACUCAGCGUUUGGUGGAGAAAGCAAAGGUUCUCUGCAAGGAGGACUUGGAACAGUUUAUGUUGAAGAAACUCGUGGCAUUUACAUUCACAGUAGAUUGUAUAUUGACAAUAAUAACGCAAAGCCAACAAAGAAAUUUGUGUUAAAUGAAAGAAAUCCUCGGGAAGACUAUCAUAAACGAGUGGAUGGUGUUUUAACAGAUUAUCAUUUUGAUGAAGUUAUGAUCAUUAACAAAGCCAUAUUUGAAAUCAUUACCCCUACUCAAAAUGGAACUCUGAAUCCCUCCGUAUAUGUUGGUUUAGUGUACGGUGAUGGUACAUCUCUUGUCCACGUUCAGUCCAAUCAAACCUUUUACAUGGAAUAUCAAAAAGCAACAAGCAAAAGAUCUAACCCUAAAAUUAAUCUCGUUAUAAAAGAGGAUGGGGACUUGAUAACGGUAAACGAUCUCCGUAUAAGCGGCGGUAUGACCCCGGCAGUUGAUCUACGGGGAACAAUUCGGGGAGUGACUAAAUUUACAUUGAGCACCUCAAAAGUCUGCCACGUCAGCAAAACUGGUUCAAUAACGGUCGCAUUACAUCGUAAAAACUCGUCCGCUGUCGCCAUUAAUCUCGGAAUGCUGAAUUUAGAGUAUAAUGCAAAGUUGGUGUUUACAGAUGGUGCACUACUUGAUAUUGGCUAUUUUACCAUGCGUCAAAAGACGUUAAUGUCAGCAAAAUAUUUCAAUAUUAAAUCUACAGCGAUUGAUAUUGAAGGCGAGGGAAGGAUUACUACGUCUGCGCGAAGCGAAGAUCCAGGUCUGGGGACAGGAAACUAUACACAGAGGUCGGGAUCUGGUGGUGGGCAUGGGGGAUAUGGAGGUGGUUAUGAAGUCAACGGCGGUGGCGAACCCUAUGGAUCCUAUAGUGUACCUACACAUCCUGGGAGUAAAGGUGGAGGUAUUCAUGGGGGUGUUGGUGGAAGUGUUAUUAAGAUUGAGACCGGUCAUUUUCUUCAUCUCGACGGUGUGAUUGACAACAACGGUGGAAACGCUUCAAGUGACGGUUCUGGCGGUGGUAGUGGAGGAAGCAUUUUUAUUAAAACUUUGAUGUUCUCAGGUCAUGGAAGUAUUCAGGUGAAUGGAGGAGAAGGUCGGGGAAGUGGUGGUGGAGGUUCUGGAGGAAGACUGUCUGUCCAUGUCUCCUGGUUGAGAGAAUAUACUGGUACAUAUUUAGCUCUCGGUGGCCUUGGUAAUCCUGCAGGUGCAUGUGGAACAAUUUAUUACACGGAUACAAACAAGGGACUCUCACAUCGCCCUUACACUAUUGAUAAGCAUAACAAUACCGUAUUUGGCGAAGGAUUCACCAAAUUGAUCUUAGAUAACCAAAAUAGAAAUAGACACAUAGCCACUUUAAUUGAAAGAGAGGUUGAUAAGUACUACGAAUUGGAUGAACUAGAAAUUCGUAAUCACGUCAUCUUAUGGAUUCAUGGAAUAAACGCGACGUUGGUUGCACAUAAAUUUUCUGGCGAUAAAACAGGAUUAGUACAUUUGAGACCGACACAAAAGAUGUUUGUAGAAGUAGUUGAAUCGGAAAAAGGUUACUCUAUAGCACCUGUCAGUUAUAAAAUUGAUUCAGGUUCAGAGAUAACGUUCCCUUCAUCUCUGACAAUACUUGGCACACGCUGUACCUUUGAUGGCUUCAUUGUUGGUGUUCACCAAUUUUAUGUCGCUCACGAUGCGUCCGUGACCUUUGCAUCCACUUCUCAAACAGGUAUACGAGAGAAUGGGACAUUUACAUUUAUUACAACUCCGGGAAACAUAACGUUUGGUACUUUAAUCGUGCAGCGCGGUUCCCUGGUUUCUUUCUCCCGAAUUAAUAACACCUUAGUAUUGACUGCAGGAAUAUUUCGUGUGAAAUACGAGGGCGAAGUACGUAUUAACCACGGUGAGAUUGAUUCUUCUUGGGCCUGGGUCGAGAGCCGCGGCCUAUUGCUUUUAGAGGGAACUGGGUACCUCAGUGAAGUUGGACCUGGAAGAGGGAUUACAUCGUCGCAGAUUGGUACCGGGGCAGGUCACGGCGGAGAGGGCGGAUCAUCUUCCUCUCGUACUGGGGAGUGGUAUGGAUCAAUACUUAGACCUGUCCAUUUAGGAAGUGGAGGUGGGAACGGACGUGGUGUUGGAGGACGAGGAGGUGGAUCAUUACACUGGAGAAUUGGACAAACUUUAGAAUUGGAUGGCUUGGUAUCACUAAAAGGAUUUAAUGGCACGGGCAUGACGCAGGAGGCGGAAGUGGGGGUAGUCUAUUGAUAGAAUGCACCAACA